AUCGAUGAAUAAAAGCGAAACUUCAUCAUUAAAUCAUGGCCUAUUUGUUAAUAGUAACAACAACAAUAAUAAUAAUUACAAUAGUACUUCAACAUCAUUAACAAUGGCACAAGUUAUUUCUACAAAUCCAACAACAAAAACAUCAUCAUCAACGUUAUGUGGAAAUACAUCUAAUAUCAAUGUGAAUACAACAACAACAACAACAACAACAACAACAAGUAAUAAUAAAAAACAUAAUAUUGGAUUUCGUCUUCGGCGAUUAUUUUUUGGAACAAAUUUACCGAAUGGACCAGCAACAACAAUUUCAUCGAAAUCGAAAAUUUCGAAAGAUUCAGGUAGUGGCGGUGGUAAUGAUUCUAAUGAAAAUAAGAAUUUUAUUCGACACAAUCCUUCGUUACAUUCGAAUUCAAGCGAAUCAUCUUAUGAACAUCGUGCCAUUGAUUCACGACGUAAAAGGAAUACAUUGACACCGAAAAAAACGGAUAAUUGGCCAUUUCAUUCAAUCAGCAACAACAACACUAGUCAUUCGAUGAAACAGCAAAAUUCAUAUGAAUGUCCAAUAUGUCUGUUAGAGCAACCAUUAUUUCAAUUUCCCGAGCUUAAAACAUGCCAACAUCGAGCUUGUUUCAAUUGUUUACGACAAUAUUUACGAAUAGAAAUUUAUGAAUCUCGUAUCAACAUCACUUGUUUACAAUGUCAAGAAUUGAUGCAUCCAAAUGACAUCAAAACACUUUUACAUAAUGAUAAUGUUACUAUUGAAAAAUAUGAAUCAUUCAUGGUUCGAAGAACAUUAAUAACCGAUCCUGAUGCAAGAUGGUGUCCAGCUCCUGAUUGUGACUAUUGUGUAAUAGCAACUGGUUGUGCCAGCUGUCCAAUGUUAAAAUGUGAAAAACCUGGGUGUGAAACACUGUUCUGUUAUCAUUGUAAACAGGAAUGGCACCCAAGUCAGACUUGUGAUCAAGCACGUGCUCAACGAGGUCUUAUCAAUAGUAAAUCAGUAUUCAUUAGUUCUCCGAAUCCAACUAAAUCAAAUGUUACGUUCACAUCACGUGGUAAUGAUUUGUUUAGUCAGGCUCAUGCUUCUACAUCGAUGGAUUCGUUUGUACCCAGAGAAGACAUUAAACCUUGUCCAUGUUGUAAAGUACUCAUCAUCAAAAUGAAUGAUGGUUCCUGUAAUCAUAUGACAUGUAGUGUUUGUGGUACGGAAUUCUGUUGGCUUUGUAUGCAAAAAAUAUCCGAUUUACAUUAUCUUUCACCAUCGGGCUGUACGUUUUGGGGCAAAAAACCAUGGAGCCGAAAGAAGAAAAUUAUGUGGCAGCUUGGCAUGUUGGUUGGAGCACCCGUUGGCAUCGCAUUGAUUGCUGGUAUAGCUGUUCCGGCCAUCAUUAUCGGAAUACCUGUAUGGGUCGGUCGUAAAUUGUAUUCUCGUUUUGAACGAAACCACAUGUCUCGUCAUAAAAGUAAUUUCUUUGUCACCACUGGCGUAUUGGCUUCAAUAUUUGUUUCACCGAUAUUGGCCGCUGUUGCCGUUGGAAUCGGUGUACCAUUAUUGUUAGCAUAUGUUUAUGGUGUUGUUCCGAUUUCUCUUUGCCGUUCAGGUGGCUGUGGUGUUUCUACCUCUUCUUCAGGUGUUCGUAUAGAACUUGAUGAAGAUGAAAUUCCUGCUCCAGAUGGUGUUAGCGUAGAUACAGCACUUAGUGGCCGAGCAGUUACAAAUCCAAGCAUUGGUGAAGUUUCAUUAGGAAUGUCGGCAAGUUUAAGUAUUGGUUCAAGUAGUCAUUUAGAUCGAGUUGUACUUGAUAUUCAACCGGAUCGUGAAAGUUCAUCGAUUGUAGCCUGUGCUGGCAGUAUAACAAGCAAUUAUAUUAAUAACAAUAAUAAUGUUACCAACAAUAACCAGCAAAAUCAUGGUAAUAAUAUCAUUGGUGGACAAAUGAAAUUAGAAACAUUGGCCGAUAUCAAUUCCAAUAACAGUUUAAGUAGCCAGAAUGUUGAUUCAUCGUCGGUAACAUUAAGUUUUGGUGAUCGAUCUGUCAAUACGAAUGCAUCAUUGAUUGAUGAGGCUAGUAGUUUAAAAGCACAUGCAGGAUCAUUACUUGAAGCUCCUACUAAUAUUCUAUCCAUUUCAAAUAAUGGAACACAAUUAUCAUUAUCUCCAGUUGAAGUUCAUGUUAUAAAUGAUAGUUUGGAAAAUGACAAAAGUUUCACAACAACCAAGAAACAUCAACCGAAUCUGUUGACAAAAACAUCAGCAGCACCUGAAACAACAACAACAACAACAAUUCAAAAUGUACAAGUACCAGUGAAUCUUAUUCUCAACAAAUUUGAAUCACGUUCAUUGGAAUAUUUAUCGAACAAUUAUUGCAAUAUUUGCCAUAAAUCGCACAAGCCAUGCUGUCCAAAUUUUCAACAUCCAAACAAUAAAUCAAUCAAACUUGAUUUGAAUAAAAAAUUACAGCAACAGAAACCUAUCACAUUUGUUGUGGGUGAAACAUCAAAAAAUGAUUGCUCAUCAUCGAUUGUUGGUAAUAAUGAUGGUGAUGGUGAUGGUGAUAAUCUGGCCAAA